GCCGAAUGUUUCCGAAAACAGUUGUUUCUUUUCGUGAAAAAGCAUUGUAAUUCCAAUUUUCUCCGAGUGACCUCGGAAGUUUCCGCGCUAACAAAAACUUUGAUGGCGGAAAAGGCCAGUUUUCGCCGAGGACUUACGGGUAUAAUACUAAAGAGCUUGAACAGCCUGCGAAAAACAAAUGGAGGUGGCAAUGGCUGUCAGAAGUCGAUUCGAAGGGUGUGAAAUGGUCCGAUUGGCUCCAAAAGAUAGAAGUAUGUGGUGUGGCUUUUUGCAGUCUGUGUGGGAAAACAAUCAACUACAAAUCAAACGGAAAGAAAGCACUCAAACUUCAUUGCGAAGAUGCAAACCAUCAGAAAAACCAUAGGGUAGUGAAAACCAAUACGGUCCUGCCUGGGUCUUCACAAGCCAGUAAGCAGUCUGAGUCUAUGCUAGACAGGGUCGCCAAGCAACGUGCCAUUACAGCAUCUUUCCUGAGUGAACAUUGCCUGCCAUUCACAUUGGCACCAGAGCUGUUAGAGUUUGCAAAACGGUUGAGUCAAGACAAACAAGCACUAGACAAGACCACCAUUUCUAAGACUAGUGCUACUUACAUAAACACACAUGGCGUUGCAAAAAGUUUGAAGGAAGAACUAAAAGAUAAAUUGAAAGGCCAGGUGUUGUCAUUAAAUUGUGAUGAGGCCACAAACAACAAUAAUGACAAGAUAUUGAAUGUGCUCAUUCAAUACUUUGACGAAGAGACAGGGAAAAUUGAAAUUGCUCAUCUGGGAUCCAGGAAGCAGAACUUAGCGACUGCAGCCAAUAUCUUGAAAUCCCUUGAAAGUAUAUUGGCUGAAUAUGCUAUUGAAUGGACUUAGGUAGUAAGUGUUUUAAUGGAUAAUUGUUCAACAAUGAGGGGAGUACGAGGAGGUGUUGAAACACUUAUCAGACAGAAAAAUCCCAACCUGCUUGAUAUCAGUGGUGACACAGUGCACAUGGUGAACAAUGUCGCGAAAACCCUACUCAACUGUGUUGACCAGGGUGUACCAAUGUUUUCAUCUGACUUGUAUUAUGACAUUGAAGAGUCUCCAAAAGUACAAGAGAUAUUCAGUGAAGUACAGAGCCUGAUGAAUGUGCAAACUCCAAAGCACCUCUUUAGACCAAUUUCAAGUCGGUUUCUGCAGAUGAACGCUGUGGCAUCAAGGCUAAUGGAAUGCGUUGAUUCGCUGACUGUCUACUAUUAUGGCUUCCUGUCAGAAGAAGAAAAGGAGGGAUACAGUUCGCCAAUUGUAAAGGCAGCUGAUAAGCCAGAUCUUUCAAGAUCACAAUGUCUCAGACCAAGCACAGGCAGCCAUCAUCCUUCUUCAGCUGUCACAGGAGAGGCAGCACAAGUCAGUCACGAGCAAUGAGCGCAAGGAGCGGAUCCUAGACAGUCUUUUCCAUAAUAGGAGGGAAACACUGGUUAAGAUCAAUCUGUUUAGGGGUCUACUGGAUGUGUUUCAAGGGUUUGUGAAACAGUUCCAGAGUGAAAAACCCUUGAUUCACACUCUUCACACUAGAAUGACAGAGGUAGCCACAGAACUGUUGGGAAUGUUUAUGAAACCUGAGAAAAUUCCAGACAGUAUCACUAAGUUGAUGAAAUUAGAUGUCACUGACAGAACUCUCCAGAAACCGGACAGAGGUAUUGGUGUAGGGAAAUAUGCAUAUACUGAACUCAACAAAGCAAGAAUAGACAAAUCAUGCAGGCACUGGGUUCAAAAUCUGUAUGCUAACCUCCGACAUGGGUAUGUCAUGGCUGCCAAAAAAAAGCUAAAAAUGCCAAUUGACAACAAAACACUGCGUUGGAUGACUGCCUUGGACCCAGACUUAGGUAACCACAGUCAAACCUCUAGUGCCUUAAAGCGAUUAGCUAGUUGCUUGCCAAAUGUGUUUUCUGACGAACAGAAUGGGCAUCUAGCUGAAGAGAUUGACAAGUACUGUGUUGAUCCACAAGUGAAGGAUGUGAGGUCGGAGUUCAAUGAGGAGGACAGAAUUGAUACUGGCUUCUGGACCAAAGUGUUCAAAAUAAAAACUUUCACAGAGGUCCGCUACCCAAUGCUGAAGAAGCUUGUUAUGGCUCUACUGACCAUCUUUAGCGGACCUUUGAUUGAAUCCACAUUUAAUAUCAUGGAUGAUAUCAUAGAAAAAGACAGGACCCAGCUAACAGUGGUCAACUAUGAAGCUGUGGCCAUUGUGAAGACUUCCCUAAAGAGAAGAGCUGAAAAAAGCACUAAAAUGAGAGUUAGUAGAAGUAUGAUAAAAGCUUGCAUAAAUGCAUAUGCAUCUUAUCAAGACUAUCUGAAAAGAAAAAGGGAAGAAGUGGAAAAGAAAAGGACAGAGAAAUUGAACAGCUCUAUUCAAAUGCUGAAAUUGGAGAAAGCCAGUAGAAUAGCCAAGUUAGUGAGACUGAAAAACAGAAUAGUCAACAGAAAAAGGAAAGCCACUAGUGGUUCUAGUUGUGGACACCAGUGGAAACGAAUUAAAUCAAUAUAGACAGGCCAUCAAAAAUUCAGUUUAGGGACUCUGAUAUAUUUUGUAAAUGCUUUUAACAAUAUCUUGUAUAAAUUUUAUAUCCACUAGUGAUUCUGUUGGGGACACCCAGUGGAAAAGAAAUAUAGGCAGACCAGUGAACAUUUAGUUUAGAGACUUGUAAUAUUUUGUAAAUAUUUUCUUAGCAAUAUUGUUGUAUGUAUUUUAUAUAUGUUUGUGUAUGUACAAGUUAUUAAAUGUGCUGUUUAACUUGAUAAAAAUAUAAUAUAAAUCUUAA